AUGUUUUAUUCUGUUCAAAUAGAUGACAUCACUGAUAUAACUCAAAAAACACAGUGUUCGAUCAUAUUAAGAUUUGUUAAUAAAAAUUCAGGAUUAGUUGAGAGAUUUCUAGGUUUCCAUAAUGUUAGUGAUGAUCAUACAGCCGAAGGAUUAUUUAACCUGAUAAGUUCUGUUUUAAAUGAGUUUGACAUAGAGAAAAACUUUAGUGUAUCUAAAAGCCCGCCCACCAAUUUAUUGUUGUAUUUAACAAUAGAAAAUGAUAGUAACAUUAAAACAAAAAAUGCCAUCAACAUAUUGAAUAAUUGCAAUUCAGAUUUAUUUCCAAAUGUUUUUAAGCUUUUGCAAAUACUGGUCACACUUCCUGUCACAUCUUGCGAAGCUGAAAUAUCAUUUUCUACACUCAAACGCAUUAAAACAUACUUAAGAAACUCAACGUCCGAAUCGAGAUUGAAUGGACUAGCUGCUCUCAAUAUUCACUAUGAUAUUGAUGUCAAGUCCGAAGAAGUAAUACAGCGUUUAUCGAAUUUAAAGCGUCGUUUAGACUUUAUUUUAUAA